AUGCAAAUCCUCGAGGGAUCGAUCGCGGCGCUGGAAUUAGCGGUGCUUGCAGCGACGGGCCUUCCCUUCCCGGGGCUGAGCGUCGUUCUCGAUAGCGCGCUGAGAAUUGCGAAGAAAGCCAAGGAGAUAGAAGAAACCCGAGAUGACUGCCGAGCCCUCGCCGAACGCGCCGCAAGCCGUAUGAUGGCAAUAUACCAGCAGCUCAAGAACGUAAACGGCGAAACGGCGGCGAAAGAGCAUGUCACCAUGUUUCUGGGCAACCUACUAGAUAUUGAGAGUCUUAUGGCCCGCCGCCUGCGAAUUGGAAAGCGAGAGCGCAUCCUGCUUGCCCUCAAGUGCGGGAAAAUCGCGAAGGAGGUCAAGACGCUAACCGCGAAGCUCGAAGAGUCCUAUCGCAAUUUUAUGAUCCAGUCUGCACUCUCAAUCGACCAAAGCAUGAACACGCUGAUGAGCGGAAACAUCCGCAUCAUGCAGCACAUCGACGACUCAGCACGUGUCGGAGACGCUGUACUAGGAGAGACCAGGGUCAUCCGCACCGACAUCUCGGACCUUGCACAUCGUGUGGGGGGGAAUGUGACGUUCGACGGAGAUUUCCGCAUCUUCGCCCGUGAAAACAUCGCCUUACUGGAGCCCAUCGUCGACUUGCACAAGCCAUGGGACACCACGAUUACACAGCGCAGAGACGAAAAUACGCUCGUUCAGGCGAGUCCUCGGCCACGGACCGGACGUGUAUCCCGCUACCGUGGUGUCGUAGAGGCCGCGGGUGACCUGACCGGAAUGAAGGUGGUGGUGCACGUGUAUCCUGAUCAAGACGAACAGCAGUUUGUAGAGACCCUCAAACUCGCCCGGCGAACCUUCCACCCCAGUAUUCUAAGUGUCAUGGGAUACUCCCGUCGGGGAAGUCUAGGCCAGGCCGCGUACAUUGUGACGGAAGGUAUGGCGACAUAUCCAUAUCACUCACAACGGCCAAUAUUCAAUGUCUGUCUCCGCGGCUGA